UUUCACAAGAAACACUCUGAAAAGCAAAUAUGGGAGACAGACAAUCUGAUGAUGAGGGGCCAUCUGAAAUGGAUGAGGAGCUGCAGCAAAAGGUUGUCCUGCAACAGCAAAUGCUUGCUCUACAACAGCAACAGCAGCAAGUGGCUGCAGUUAUCAGGUCCAGCUGGAGGGGAUUAUAUUCAGCUAAUGGAGAAAGUACAGCAACAGCAGCAGUUGUUGGAAGCAGAGAAACAACAACAUAUGUUGAUAGAACAACAGAGGAUUUUGCUUGAUCAGCAGCAGCAGCAGCAGCAACAGCAGCAGGCAGCAGCAGAAGAAGCUGAAAUGAUGCGGCAACAGCAAUUAGCCAUCAUGCAGCAACAGCAGGAGGCUGCACACAAAGAGGAACAGCAAAAGUUUAUGCAACACCAGAUGCAGACAGCUCAAAUGAUGCCUAUUCCACCUCCCCCACCACCACAGACCACAGAAACUCAGAUACCACCACCUCAGUUUGUGUCUCCAGCUGCAGGUCCGCCACCCCCUCCACCACCGCCACCCCCUCCACCAUCAGGACCCAUACAACCACCUGGCCCACCUAUGGCCACUACAGGACCUCCACCCCAAGGAAUUGCACCGCCACCCCCUCCACCGCCACCACCUCUCCAAAGUAUGCCACCCCCUCCCCAAGCAAUGCCUCCUCCUCAGGGCAUUCCACCCCCUCCACCCCCUCAGGGUAUUCCACCACCACCACCACCUCAGGGAGUACCUCCACCUCCACCCCAAGGUUUGCCUCCACCACCUCCACAAGGAUUACCCCCACCUCCUCCCCCCCAGAUAGGUAACCCACUGUCUACCCAGCCUCCACCACAGCAGAGUAUUCCUCCACCUCCACCUCAGCAAAGUUUGCCACCCACAAUGACUAUAAUGAGCCAGCCACAGGCUAUUUCAAUGGUGCCUGUAACGUCAACACCUGCUAUACAAACAAAUGUUUCUGCCGCAAAUCAACAGAACCAGUCUUCUUCUAACACAGAUUCAAAAUCCCAGAUAACUGAGAAACUGCAGAAAGAAAUCAAGCUUCCUCAGGCCUUGGAAAAAAUUCUUGCUUUUAUGGAUGUCAGAGCUCAAGAGAUUGGUAUCAGUAGAGAUGACAUGGAAAAAACAGAAUCUAGUCGACAGCGAGAUAUGGAAGCUGAUGAUGAAGAAGCGGAGGAAGAGGAGGAAGAAGCUACUGCUACAACUGCACCUGUAUCCAGCAAUGAUGUUGGUGUUGAUGAAGAUGAUGAUGAAGAUUCAAUGAAAGCAGCAGAUAAAGGAAAAGAGACAAAGAACCGUAGGAAAAAAAAGAAGAAGAAAAAGAAGACAAAGAAACAUCCCAACUUCAAUGUGGAUGCCAGUGAACAGGAGAAGAAAAAGCAGAUGGAUGAGGAAGAUGCUGAUCAUGAUAUACAAGUAGAAUAUGUUCAAGAACAGUUUGAGCUGGAUCCAUAUGAUCCCAAUUAUCAUAUAUUUUCAAAAAUAUUUGAUAAUUUUAAGAUAGCAGAACAGGAUAAACCAAAGGAUGUCCCUCGAACUGAAGAAAGGCGGGAGGAAGAGAAAAAACCUGAAGAGGUUCCUAUUAAAGCUCGAGGUCUGAUUGUAGAUGACGAAGAAGAUUUAAUUCCUGAGGAUGAAGCACCAAAACUAUCCAAGAAAAAGCUAAAGAAAUUGACUCGUUUAAGUAUUGCCCAGUUAAAACAGCUUGUUUCUAGGCCUGAUGUUGUUGAAAUGCAUGAUGUCACUGCCCAAGAUCCAAGACUUCUUGUACAACUAAAGGCCACAAGAAACACAGUUCCAGUCCCACGGCAUUGGUGCUUUAAGAGCAAAUACCUGCAAGGUAAAAGAGGUAUAGAAAAGCCACCUUUUGAAUUGCCAGACUUUAUCAAAGCUACAGGAAUAAUGGAAAUGAGGGCAGCAUUAGCAGAAAAGGAGGACCAGAAAACUCUGAAAGCUAAAACGAGAGAAAAAGUACGACCAAAGCUUGGCAAGAUAGACAUCGACUACCAGAAACUCCAUGAUGCAUUCUUUAGAUGGCAAACAAAACCUAAGCUGACCAUUCAUGGAGAUUUGUAUUAUGAAGGUAAAGAAUUUGAGACUCGACUGAAAGAAAAGAAACCUGGUAAUUUAUCUGAUGAACUGAGAACAGCUCUUGGCAUGCCAGUUGGACCAAAUUCAGAAAAGGUUCCUCCUCCAUGGUUGAUUGCCAUGCAGCGAUAUGGACCACCUCCAUCCUACCCCAACUUGAAAAUUCCAGGUUUAAAUGCACCAAUCCCAGAGUCUUGUUCUUUUGGUUAUCAUGCUGGUGGCUGGGGUAAACCUCCAGUUGAUGAAUCUGGCAAACCCCUGUACGGGGACGUAUUUGGAACACAAAGUGGAGAAUUCCAGACUCCUGUUCCUGAGGAAGAAAUUGACAAAAGCCAUUGGGGUGAGUUAGAAUCAGAGUCUGAGUCUGAAGAAUCUGAAGAGGAAUCAUCUGAAGAAGAGCCUGAUACAACAGGAUUAAUUACACCUGGUGCUGAAGGUCUGGUUACACCAAGUGGUAUAACAUCAGUGCCAAUGGGAGUUGAAACACCUGACAUGAUAGAAUUGAGAAAGAAACCUCACAUCUAUGAUAUGACUGCUGUUACUGGAAUGCCAAGCCAGAAGAGAUUUGGUGAAAAGGGUGGAACUGAAGCAAUUGAAGUUGCUUUGAAUCCUGAAGAGUUGGACAUGGACACUGCCGCCAUGCAAGCCAAAUAUGAACAAACGAUGCGAGAACAGCAGUCUCAACUUGAGAAGGAAGACCUAACAGAUAUGGUGGCUGAACAUGCUGCCAAACAGAAGAAACGAAAACGCCAACAAGAUAGUGGAAAAGCCAAGAAAUACAAAGAAUUCAAGUUUUAG